AUGAAGGUGAUUGGGUUGAUUAGCGGAGGAAAAGACAGUCUAUUCAAUUUGCUACAUUGUGUAGCACAGGGGCAUCAGAUAGUUGCAGUUGCAAACCUUUACCCUCCAGCUGGACAAGAUGAACUUGACAGUCUGAUGUAUCAGACUGUUGGUCAUGAGGCUGUUGAGUGGAUAGGACGAGCACUGGAGCUUCCUCUGUAUCGUAGAAAGAUAGUAGGAAAGUCAGAAGAAUCUGGAAGAACGUACGUGUACAAUUCAAACGACGAAGUCGAAGAUCUGGCUGAAUUGCUUAGAGAAGCACAAAUUCACUCUCACUUCGAAGGUGUGGCUGCUGGAGCCAUCUGGUCAGAUUACCAGCGGACACGAGUAGAGAACGUAUGUGCUCGUCUCGGUCUUCAGUGUUUCUCAUACUUAUGGCAUCGAGAUCAGAGUGAACUGAUGCAGGAGAUGCUUGCUGUUGGAAUGGAUGCCAUGGUGAUAAAAACGGCCGCACUCGGUUUAGAACCACGAAAACAUCUUGGGAAGACAAUUAGAGCACUUGCCCCACUUUUCUCUAGACUGCACAGCGAGUUUGGUUUUCACGUGUGUGGUGAAGGUGGUGAAUAUGAGACGUUGGUAACCGACUGCCCAUUAUUCAAAAAGAAGAUUGUCAUAGACAGCAGUGAGGUCGUCAUGCAUUCUGAUGAUGCAUUUGCACCUGUAGCAUAUCUCAAAGUUAAGGAAAUUCGUUUGGAAAACAAACAGCAUUUGUCUGUUGAUGAGCUGGAGACAACUUUAAGUUUGCUGAGGCCACAGUAUGCCUGUCAACAUAGAAACAGUGAUGACACGAUCAUUGAACAAGCUUCCAGUCACAUGUCAUCAUUUAUACACUUUGACAUCUCUCCACAUAAAUUUGCUACAACAAAGAGUCGACUGAGUGGUAACGGCUGGUUUUGGUUGUGUGGAGUGACACACUCGGAGCGACGUGGCACGGAUGAUUCGACAGAAAGAAAGGCUAAAGAUGCUUUGGCAAAUUUACAAGAUCAAAUUCAGGUUCACUCCCUGACAUCAUCACAUAUUGUGUUGGUCUACCUCUACGUCAGGCAUAUGGCCGACUUCCAGACCAUUAAUCAAUUUUACAAGAACAUGUUUGAUAUCAAUCCUCCAGCAAGGGUAUGUGUAGAGACUUGCCUUUCCAAUGAUCAAGUCUUGAUGAUUGAUUGCUUGUUGCACCGACACAUAAGCGACGAGGCAUGUCAAGGGCAUGAGACACAUCUUGUUACAAAGAAAGCCAUGCAUGUACAGAGCAUAUCACAUUGGGCUCCAGCAAACAUUGGACCAUACAGCCAAGCAGUACAAUUGGGAGAAAUUGUUUUCGCUGCGGGUCAAAUUGCUCUCAUUCCUGCAUCGAUGGUUCUCGUGUCAGACACGAUUGACUCACAAGCACACUUGGCAUUGACGCAUGUAAACAGCAUCCUGAACGUCCAUUCAACUGCACAUGGACAUAUGACACUUCAACAUGUAAUACAAGCAGUUUGCUUUGUGACUCGCCAUGAACACAUAACCACAGCACAGACACAAUGGCAGCAACUGUUGAGAGACAUGGACGAUGACAAUGGAACAAAUUCUGUAGAAAAGGAUCGUGUCGUAACAUUCAUCAUCAUACCAGCAUUACCAAAAGCCUCACUCAUUGAGUGGCAUAUUAUCGCUCACAGCAGAGCCACUGACGAGUUUACAGGGGGCUCAAACACGGUCGACUUCGAUUGUAGCACAAUUCAUUCACAGUGGACAUGCAAUAGAGAGUAUACAGUCGGAUGCCUACGACUAACUCUGGACACGAAAUUGGGGAGACAGGAUGGUGAGUGUCUUGAGGGAGAGAAAUUGUUGGGUUUGUUGGUGGAUCAGAGCAAGAACGAUCUGUUACAGUUUGGUUCGUGGGACUGUGUUGAAUAUGCGACACUCUUCUAUAGUUCAGUUGUUUGUCAUCAAGCUUGUCCAUCUCAAGUACAAACAUGCUUGGAGUCAGCAUUUAGAAAUGCUCAUCUGCCACUUCCUGCAGUCAGUAUUGUGCCAGUCGUUGGGUUUACGUCAUCAUCCACUGCCGCUAUUCUCACAUGUGGCGUGUACGGUGUAACCACCAGCAGUGAGAUAACAUAACUAAUUAAUUAUAUUUUAUUGAUUAUUUUGAAAGCAUCAGAUUACAAAUAGUGUUGUGUCCAA